GCAGAAAAUCUAUUGGAUCUAAUUUUUGUCUUUUAUUAGAUUCAGAAUGAAUCACCCACUAAUAUAAUACUGAAACAAUAAAGACUUCAGGUAAAGAAGAUUUCUCCCCCACAAUCAAGGAAUCAGAUUCAUCAUGACUUAUCACUAUAAUGAAGCCUUUGAAAACCCAGACUAUCACUACUCAGAGACAUUGGAGAUUGACAGAAGUAGAGAAAGAAAUUCAUCCUUUCUCCAAAACCUUCAUGAUUCCUCCCUGGAUGAUGACUCCUUGUACGAUUCCUAUGAAGGUGGAAGAGGACAAAGAAACAAGGAUUAUCACAUGGCCUCAAUGCAGACUGGCUUCCGAUACAGCCACAGCGCAUCGAGGCCCAACACAAAUCCAUAUGGAAAUCCACAUACUAAUCCUUCAUUUGAGUAUGAGCCAGAAUUUGCAUACACAUCUCCCUCCACCUUUCAUGCCGGGGAUGGUCCUUACGUACGCAGAGCUUCUGGUAUGUCUGAUGGAGAAAGCCUAAAUGCAGAUGGGGAAUGCAGCUCUGAUCUGCCUGCAUCUUCUUCCCAAGUGGCUGUGAGUAACCAGAAAAUGGUGUUUGUAAACUUUUCUCACUCUUCAGCUUCAACAGAGGAAGGUAGCUUCAGUCAGAGCUACCACAGAAGACAAGCUGACCUGGUCUACAGGAUGCCUUCCAGCUUUCUCAAACUAGACUCAAAUGCAGAAACAUAUGACAAAGACAAAUAUAAACAUGAAGAGAAGUUGAUCAAAAAUCUUGCAAGCAUGUCCAGCAGAGAGAGAGUGAAAGCAAUCCAGAAGACACCAAAGACCAUGAAGGAGAAGAGAGACAUCAGGAAUAAAGUUCUCAUGGAGAAAACCAAAAAAUCUGUAAGCUCCAGUAUUCAGAUUAACUGUUGUACACAGUGUCUGUACAAAACAGCCUUGUCCUAUCAGCAAUUUAAAAAUGGUCUCUCAGAAUAUUUGCACUUAUUGCAACUAUGGCAGAAGACUCUGAAAGUCAUCGGUGGCAAGUUUGGAACCAGUGUUCUUUCCUAUUUUGUUUUUCUGAAGUGGUUACUGACUUUCAACAUCUUCUCAUUCCUUGUAAACUUCAGCUUCAUAACAAUCCCACAGCUUAUAGCAUCAGAACCAAAUAACCUUCCAUUCAACGGUCUGGAGCUUCUCACCGGGGCUGGUUAUUUUAAAAAAACAGUGCUCUACUACGGUUUUUACACCAACUCUACAAUCACAAAAACUGAGAACAAUUCUUCCUAUAACAUGCAGCUGGCCUAUAUUUUCACUAUUGGGAUUUAUUUCAUCAUCUGCUUCUUUAGCUUGGUGUACAGUAUGGCAAAGUCCUUCCGUAAGAACUUCAUCAAUCCUCAGACCUACUCUGGAAGUGCUGCCAAGCUUCUCUGCAUCUGGGACUUCAAUAUAACCAAUGAGAAAGCUGUGAAACUGAAGCAAAGCAAUCUCCGUACGCAAAUGAAGGAAUCCCUAUCUGAAGUGACCCUCGAGGUACUGAACCUUUCUCUGAAGCAGAGAAUUGCUCGUAUCGCUGUUCAUCUGUUGGUUUGGAUGGCUUCCUUGGGAAUAGCAGCUGCUUGUUGUGCUGGUGUUUACUUCCUCUCAAGAAAUAACCUACAGCUCCUGGAAGGUAACAAAAGUGAGCUGGAAAAAGAGGCUGCCACACUAGUGCUACCCAUUGUUGUGUCUCUUCUCAACCUCCUCAUCCCCUUCUGCUUUGCCUUGUUUGGACUCAUAGAGAAAUUCCAGUAUCCCAGACAUCAGCUCUACGCCACUGUUAUCAGAAACGUUUUUCUGAAAAUAGCAAUAAUUGGAAUCCUCUGCUACUACUGGCUUAACGAUGUGGCUACAUCAGAGAAAGAGUGCGGGAAAGCCUAUGGCCAAGAAUUCUACCGUUCAUUUUCGUGGAGAAUUUGUACCGAAGAAUCAUUGCGAACUAAUGUUGCAAAAAACUUGGUACAAAGUGCCAGAAUUUAUCUUGCACGAAGUUUUAGCUUGAUCUACACACAGACUUUGGGCUGGAUUGGCAUCUUCUUCGCACCUUUAAUGCCAGCCAUGCAGAUUAUAUCAUUUUUUAUAAUAUUUUAUGUAAAAAAGGUCAGUUUGAUGAGGAAUUGUCAACCACCUCGCAAAGUCUGGAGAGCUUCUCAGAUGACGACGCUCUUCAUUUUUCUGCUGUUUUUCCCUUCCUUUACUGGAGUCCUGUCUGUAAUGGCAGUCACUAUCUGGAGGCGGACGCCUUCUAAACAAUGUGGUCCAUUCCAAGGCUUGACCUCCAUAAUUGAUGCCGUUUCUGGAUGGAUACACAUAUUGGACAGCUAUUCCAGCUCAAAAUGGGUGGUGUGGAUUUAUUAUAACUUAAUUGGAAGUGUGCAUUUCUUCUUCAUCCUCACUGUCAUCGUCCUAAUUAUCACAUAUCUUUACUGGCAAAUAAUAGAAGGACGAAGGAUAAUGGUCAGACUCCUGCAUGAACAAAUUAUUAAUGAAGGAAAGGAUAAAAUGUUUUUACUUAAUAAACUACGUACACUGCAGACAUCAAAACCAGACCCACCAAAAGAACAACAAGAGAGGAAUUCAUCUUCGUACCAGCCAUAUAGACGAGCUGCUCUGCAAAUGACAGCCUCCCUAGAAAGGCCAUUUGGGAGAAAUGGAAGAGACUUCUAUGCUGAGCCCUCCUCUGCUAGGCUACCAGAAAAGACGAACCUGUCUCCUGCAGAUGAAGAAGGACGCCAGCCAGGGAUUUCUGAGACCCUGGCGCUGGCUCUGAGAGCCAGACAACAGGCUGAAUGGGAAAUGGAGGACAACGAUGACGAGGACUUUAGACCAUGAACUGUAUGAAGCAAUUAUGCAUACUAAUCACUAGAAGUACUUCUAGUAAACGUCACUGUUUUGCACUAAUGGUUGGAAAUCCAUUGGAAAUGAGACAUUUCCUAAGCUAAGGAAAAAAAUUAAAGCAAGAACACAUCAGAAAAUGCAUUUUAUCAAUUGCAGUUUAAAUUUUGUAAUUUCAUAGUAAAUGCACUGUACUAUUUUGUUUUAAAAAAUGAAAUCUUGAUAAUAGCAGACCUCUCUCGCAUCUGCUAUGAAAUCUCUUGCUGAAAUAUAACAAAUGCCCACCAUUCAUCAGGUUAGGGUGGAAUUUUUUUAAUUGUGUCAAUGUAACAUGUGCCUAAUGACAAAUGCAAAUUACCAAUCUGGAAGCCUUGAUGGUAUUCUUAUAUCUGACUUGUUUUGAUCUGGCUGCUGUUAGCUGUAUUUUUUAAAAACAGAAAUGAAGUAUUUAUAAAAUAAAAAAGAUUCUAGCCUAUGUAAAAUGAUUUGUAAAGUAAAUUGUGACACAGAUUAGUGAAUAUAAAUCUGUUUGUGUGAACCCUACUGCUGUCAGCCUCUCUCUCUACAUAAUUAAGAUUACUCAUCUUUUGCACCCUUUUUGACAGAGUUUAAAGCAUCAUUUUGGAAUGGCUGUAAUGUGAAACUCUAAUCUUGUUAUCUGAA